CGCGCGCUGCUGCCGCGGGUCGCCGCCCCUCGCACACGCGCUUCAGCGCCGGCGGCAGAAUCGCAGGUCGACAUGAGUCGGGUGGUGCUGCAGCACCCUGUUCCAGCGGCGCGAUCGGACAACGGGGGAAGUCUAGCGGUGAUCAUGACAAAGGCGCUUCUGACGCGAGGACGAAAACAUGCAAGGCGAGAAUGGCUGGUUCACCAACGUGGGGCACCGCACUCUCACACUUAGGGUGCGGGACAUCCAAUUCGUAAUUCGAGACACCUGUCGAACUAGGAGAGGGUUACAUUACGUCCCCGUCGCGGCGAAAACCCUCAGCAGAAUUCACGAGAACGGCUGUUUGAACCUGGUCUCUUCCACGUUCAAACACCACAGCAUUUCCGGAACCCAAGUGACCACAUUUCGCAGGGAUGCCGCCACAUGCACAACUGAUGUGCACAAGUCGCAGGAGGAAGCUCUCGCGUAGUGUCGUUCCUGGACUUCGAGUGUGAUUUGAGGGCGUAUCCAGCGUGUUCGUAUAAUAUUUACUUUGCAUAUCAGGUACGCAAUUUCGACCUGGUAACCCGAACUUUCGUGUCGAUUCGGACACGCACGAGAAAUUGACUGUUUUGGCGGACACCCUCCAAACGUGCCCACAGACGUGGGCCGCACGUUUCUGAACCGAAUGGAGAUCGUGCCCAAAUUAUACACACGGCAGAAACGUCCAGAUCCUGGCUGGCGAAAAAUAGAACGCUAACAUUCGCCAGGCUUUCGUGACGCAUGCAAAGCACCGGGCGGGGCCUCUUUUCCGGGUCGGAAUUCGGUUACCCUGCUGUUUUCGCGUGUCAGUCUCCUAUGUGCGCGCUGCACACCCGCUCAUUUGUCGAGACACGGGGGGGACACGUGUCCGCGCGUUUUGCGGUUGAUACUGUAGGUGUGCCUCAAUACAUUUCCACUUGGCGUUUCAAUAUUUCGGCGUGUUAAAAAAACGUCAAAAAUUCGUGUUGGGGCAAAAUGAACGCGCUGGACACACCCUGAGCGUGGAACUUGUUUUCGCUGGAGGUUCGGUUUAUGGUUCUAACUUAGGGACCGGGUUAGUGCAAGGGUCAGAUAUUGGCAGUUUGCGCCCGAUGUCCCGCGACCUUAAAGCCCGAAACUCAAGUUGCAUGCCGGGCCUUGGUGUGGGAGCUAGGCUUGAUACAAAUCAUACUCGAACAGAGUAAGCUCCACGUUUGUUGGAAUUUGCUCUGUUCGAGGGGGGCUGUGCGGCACAGGAAGAGUUGCACUAAGUGAGUUGCGGUGCUGUCUGUUGCGUACCGUACAUGGUCGGUGCCCCUGGCGUAUGGGCCACCCUUUUCCAACCCUCCCACUCCGUGCACUUUCCCACUCCCUCCAACUCCCCCAAAUUCUAACACUCCCGCCUAUCCUCCCACCCCCUCCAUUCCGCCAACUCCUCCCGUGGAGCCCACAGCUCCUCCCCAACUCUCUCGUUCCCGCCGAUCCACUGCCAUCUGGAAUGCAACUGCCCAACUCCCAUGCUGGAUACAUACUCCCUUGCUCUCCGCCCCUCGCGCUUACUGUCCUCCCCUGUCCCCUCCCUACCCGUCAUCUCCCUUGCAGCCCACCCCUCUCUCCCUCCAUCACCACAUGAUGCUGCUCACUCCCAGCACCCUUGCUGAAAGGUGAAUGAAAGAGGGCGGAGCGGGGGGUUGGGGGGAUUGUGAAAGCAAAGCCCUAGGUACAAUAAGCACUGGUUUAAGGGAGACCAGGGGUGCAAACAGAGAAGAGGGAGAUAGGGACGACAGGGAGCCUGUGUGGAAGGAACGGCGCAGAGGGUCGGCUUUUAAAUGGACAGAGAAGGGGGGUGGAAGGGAGGGGGUCAGUGGGGGACAGAGUGGAAUGGACAUCGGGGUGAGGGAACAGGAUGUCAGUGAGGGUGGAAAGGUGGACCUUGCUUGCGAUCCUGACAUCCUGUCUUAAUGUGCCCAUCAUGCUCUCUAACCCUUGCCUCUCUCUCUGCCCACCUUGCCCGUUCUUCCUUGCUUCUCUCUCUGCCUACCUUGCUCUCUCUACCUUGCCCUUUUCUCUACGAACCUUGCUCUCUCUACCUUGCCUAUAUUUCUGCCCCCCUUGCUCUAUCUGUUAACGUAGAAACGAAUGAUUACUA